AUGGCUUCGUCAAUGGCGCUCAAGAGGCUUCUUUCAUCAUCAGCCCGAUCUCUGAAUCCCCUCCUCCGCCAGUCGGCCGCAGCAUCUAAUGCUCUCCACGCAUCCGAUCGUCCUCUGGACCAUCGCCGCCGCGACUAUUCCUCUUCUACAGGUGGGUUCGACCCGUUUUCUUGGAGGAGGAACAUGAUCAUUGGCCAAUCGAGCCAAUACUCUACAGUUGCAGCCGGAAUUGGUGACCUGGCGGACACCAGUAAAGAGGAGAAUCUGAAGAAAAACGUGCUCCGGCCCUUAUCUCCUCAUCUCCCCAUCUACAAGCCCCAGCUAAGUUCGACCACCUCAAUUCUCAAUAGGAUAUCUGGAGUUUAUCUGACUGCUUAUGUUCUGGGUUUUUAUCUUGUUCCUAUUAAACUGGGUUCUGUUAGCUUCAGCUAUGAGGGUUUCUAUCAGUUCUUGUUCUAUUCAUCAAAACUCAGCCUUUUGUCCACUGAGAUUGCUGCAUUAGCCUUUGCCUAUCAUGCUUAUGCUGGGGUUCGUCACCUGUUGAUGGAUGUUUCGGGAACUGUUUUCCCAACAAAAUGA